AGAAACUGAGUCCUUUGCAGUGGCAGGUUGAAGGGGUUCACUCCAUCGCUGCCUGGAAGGGCGGAGGGCUGUAGCGGGGCCGUACAGGGCGCUCGGACACGUUCUCACCUCCCCAGCCCGGCGGGGAGCGACGCCCGACACCCGGCGCUGGGAGCACAGGGCCCGAGCAGGCCCGCGUCGCCAUGGCGACACCGCGGCGCCGCGGCCAUGGCGGAAAAGGAGAAGGGCCAGGAUGUCCUAGUAGCUGAAAUUGAGAAAAAGAUUACAGAAGCUUUUGAGGUGUUUGACCGUGAAUCCAAUAAAACUGUGGAUGUCAGGGAGAUUGGUUGCAUUGUCAGGUCACUGGGUUGCUUCCCAACUGAGGCAGAAGUACAGGAACUGCUUGCAAAGAUAGAAGUAGAAGAACCGGGUGGAUUCGUUCAUCUGGGAAAUUUUCUUCCAGUGAUGACAAAAGUUCUACUUGACAGAAGAUUCCAACCUAUUCCAGAAGAUGUUAUUCUACAUGCAUUUGAGGCUUUGGAUGAGAAUAAAUGUGGAUAUAUCACCAAAGAGGACCUGGUCAAACAUUUGACUGAAGAAGGUGAGCCCUUUAGUCUGGAGGAAAUGGAGGACAUGCUUGCUGUUGCUCUAGAUCCAGAAACAGAUACUCUUCACUACAGAGAUUACCGUACAAAGCUGGUAGUAGAUGAAACCAAGAACUUCCCUUUUAAGGUCUGGGAUGCCUUUCGGUAACAGCACCAUGGCUUGACAGAUGGUUGAAAUAUGGAUUUUCAAGUGUAACAGAGCUCAGCUUGUGACUUGGUGCUUAUAAUUAAAAUGAAAUCUGUGUAGUUACA